AUGAAGGGUUUCACCAAGAGCGCCGGAUAUCUUGCGUUAUUAGCAGCGCUGGUCAGCGAGACCAUCGCUCUGCCAGUUCAAGAUGCGCCGCUAAGAAUCGAGUGGCGAUCCCUGUCAAGCGCCGCAAAAGCAGACUACAUCAGCGCAGUAAAGUGCUUAGAUGGGUUGCCGUCAAAGAUCGGUCUCAAAUCGUCGCGAUACAACGACUUCCCCUAUGUCCAUGCGCAGCUCAACAAUGAAAUUCAUUUUGUCGCUCAAUUCCUCCCCUGGCAUCGGUACUUUGUACACAUCUAUGAGACAGCCUUGAGAGAUGAGUGCAGGUACACAGGCCCAAUGACCUACUGGGACUGGACCCUUGACUCUGAAGACAUGUCUAAGAGCCCCGUUUUCUCCAACGACACCACCAUCGGAUUCGGAGGAAACGGCCUGAAUGGCGGUUUAGUCUCGCCAACGCGACCGAACCCGUUGACCAUGUGCGUAAUUGACGGGGCUUUCGCCAACUUUACCGUAUCUUACUACACAACGACAGCGCUCUCGCAUUGUCUGAAUCGCGGUUUCAAUGACGGUAUUGGGGUGAAUGCCGGCCCUUACGAAGGCGGCUUGUACUCGCCCGAGAAGAUCUCAGGAAUCAUCAAAACCUCUAGCAACUUUUCUACAUUCGCGACUACUUUGGAAAACGGGCCCCACGGCGCGAUUCACUCAGCCGUUGGAGGAGACCUGUUCCCUUCGACAUCUCCAAACGACCCCUUGUUCUUCCUCCACCAUGUGCAGAUCGACAGACUUUGGUGGCUUUGGCAGCAGGCUGAUCUCACAAAUCGGAUGCUGGACUUCUCGGGACGAAGGAACCUGCCCUCGGGGGAAGCUGAUACCCGGCCAGCGUCUCUGAACGACACGCUGCCAACGCUUGGCUUGGCGGCCGAUAUCCCCAUUCAACAAGUCAUGUCAACAACGACAGACUUGCUGUAUUACAAAGCUCAGGACGUCAAGAUGAUCUGCUCUUGUUGUCGCCACGUCCUUGAGCUCAGGAAGGACUACGCGCUGACCAGUAACGAGCGAGACGGCGCGGAUCACCUCAUACCGCAUCACCGCGAUAGCACAAGUCUGACGGCCUCUGUGGACGCUGGAUGUUAUAUUUGCAAUCGGCUUUGGGCCGCUCUGGAUAUCGAAGAGCGAUGCAAGGUCAGGCAGUCAAAUGGUGAACCGACGAAACGAAAGACUCCAGCAACCGAGUCACCUCUCACCUCGGUGUUUUGGGAAGACGGAGCAGCACUCGCAUAUCCCCGCGCCUUUUUACUACAACUCACUUUUGACCGAGGCAAAUGGUACCCCAGCCGCCUCCUAGAUACAGGACCUCUAGACCAGGAGAGCUCAAGUUGCCGACUCGUCCUACCGAACAUCACCCCUGUCCAAGGCUCUUACGCGACACUCAGUCAUUGUUGGGGUACGAAGGAGUCUUUCAACCUUACAACAAGCAACUACGCACAACUACAGCAGGAAAUCGCAUUCGACACCCUCCCUCCCCUGUACCGUGACGCCAUGGAAACGAGUCGUCGCCUUAACAUUCGGUACCUGUGGAUCGACUCCCUGUGUAUUAUUCAGCACGGUGAUGACUUCGUUGACUGGAAACAAGAAUCAAUGCACAUGGACAAGAUCUACUCGGGGUCCUUUGUCAACAUUUCAGCUGCCGAUGCCCCAGACGCGAACCACUCCCUCUUUUACGACCGCAAUCCCGAUGCUCUGUGUCCGCAGAUUGUAGAGCUUCCUGUUGGUUCACAAACUAAUCGCUUUCUCUUGAUGGACUACAACUUCUGGAGGACAGAAGUUUCCAGCGCGGUCAUCAACACAAGAGCCUGGGUGCUCCAAGAGAGACUCCUCUCCCCUAGAGUGCUUUACUUUGGUCAACGGCAAAUUCUAUGGGAGUGCCAUCAAAAAGAAGACGCUGAGAUUUAUCCGGAAGGCUUACUGAUAGAUCUAUCUCGAUUUCCCAGUCGGUUCAAGGGCUUCUGUCACAACCAAAUGGGUUGGAGACCCCGGGAUCACGGCGAUCUGUCAAAGUACCAUUACUGGUGCAACAUUGUGAAUACCUACACUCGAGCUAAGUUGACAUUUCCCGGCGAUAAGUUGAUUGCACUUUCAGCUGUCGCGAAGGCUAUGAGAGUGUUACUUCAGGAUAGCUAUGCUGCAGGGAUGUGGCGCCGCUAUCUAGAGCGGCAACUGAUGUGGUCUGUCGCUGUCGGCGAGGCGCAAGCUAGGCCAUCAGUCUACCGGGCCCCAAGUUGGUCUUGGGCGGCGGUAGAUGGACACAUUACUCCGGGUAUCAUGGACGUCGAAGCAGUGGAGAUGUUGAUCGAGGUACAGGAUCUACAUCUCGACUAUGUUACAAGCGAUACAACAGGCCUGAUCAGCGGUGGGUGGCUACAGCUCUGGGGGUGCCUCAAGAAACUUGAGCUUCUGCCCGAUGCCUUGUUCAGCAGUCAUAGCAACAACUACGAGUUCUUGAUGAUGAUUGUUAACGGCGUUUCGGUCAGUGUCCGCGCUGAUUCAGUCAUGAAAGAAUAUCAACCACACGUUUAUCUCGAUGACAACCAGCAAUGGGUUAGCACACAGAACCAUCGACCGGAACUAUUCUGUAUGCCAGCCAGAACAAGACCAGGCAAUGACGGAAGCAUCUACAUGCUAUUGCUGCAGCUUAAAAAUGGAAAAGACGGCACCUUUCGUCGCAUUGGAAUCGCCCGCGGUUGGGGCAAGGAGUUGAGAGAGAGCUUGCUAGCAAGCAAUGCGGAAGAGAUAAGAGCCAAAGACGAUACGAUGGGCAUCAUGGGCAUCUGCAGAUAG